UGCUGAGACUCUUAGAUUCAGUGGCAGUGGCUGAGACAACCCCGUUACCGGCCACCGUCUACCCGAGAAACUACCAACUUCGAUCCAGAUCAGCAGCUCAUGGUAAAGAAAAGAGAGAGUCCCCUGCAGGACUUAGGGUCUUUCCGCGUCUCUGAGACCAAGCUCAAAGAGAAAUCGUGGUCAAAGCAAACUUUUAUCAGAAAGAGAGAAUCUGCACUGGACGAGAGCAAAGUCAGAGGAUGCGUUUUAACUGCGAGGAGCUCAAAAUCUGCCAGUCAAAGUCCUGCGUGUUGGCGCGUAAAGGAGUACAUGCCAUGAAGAAACACCAAGCCAGAAGCUCCACUCGGUAAGAAGUGGAAGAGUGAGACUCAAAAGGGACAGAUAAAAAAAAGAGAGUGGAGGCCAAAGAACAAACACCAGCGCGUCCUCAAAUGAUGGGGAUAAAGCUCCUUCUGCUGCUUUUGAUUUACUUAGACCCGCUGAAUGUCCUGUGCACCUCCAUCGCAAAUAAAAAGAACAAAACUCCGCCGCGGAGGAACACGAAGGUGAAGGAGGUCAACGGCAGCACCACCGCGAUCCCGCUGGUUGCCGCCGCGCCAGGGAGGAUCACGCAGGUCCAGGCUCCCUCGGUGCAGCACGACACCUGCCUGGGCUACUACGACGUGAGCGGCCAGUACGACAAAGAGUUCGCGUGCAACAACACCGACCACCGCUUCUGCUGCGGCAGCUGCUUCCUGCGCUUCUGCUGCGCGGACCGCGGCAAGCGGCUGGAGCAGAGGAUCUGCACCAACUACAACACCCCGGACUGGAUCAAAACCCAGCCCCCGUCACCUGCGCCCACAGGUGACACGUACGACCCGGAGCUGGACCAGACCAACACCACGGUGUACAUCACGUGCGGGGUCAUUGCGCUCAUCAUCGCCAUUGGGAUUUCUGUUAAAGUUGCCUAUGAUAAAGCGACCAAGCCUCCGCAGGAGAUGAACGUGCACAGAGCCCUGGCAGACAUCCUGAGGCAACAAGGACCGGUUCCAAUAUCUCAGUUUGAACAUGAAAACCUUGCAGCACUUGAUGGGUCGCCCAAAGACGAGACGCCAGUCCGAACUUUGAAGAAUCAUUACACACCUGUUCACUCCAACCACGGGCACUAUGGAAAAGAAAACCUGCGCAGCGGAGGCCAGGACAUGCACAACUACAUCUCCUCUGGGUUUGUGACACUCGGACGAGGCCAUUUGAAAGCGCAGCACUCCAUAGACGAAUCAGGGCAGAUGUCCUGGCAGGGCGACCUGGACAUCCCACUCGGCUACGGAAACCACCACCAUGACUACCAGCACAGCCACCUGGAUCUGACUGCACUCACACCUAAACUGGCCCACAGAGAAAUGAGACACGAGAGACCCCAGCGGAUGAACAACAUCCUGACCUCGGCCACGGAGCCCUACGACCUGUCCCUGUCCAGAUCCUUCCAGAACCUCAGCCAUCUGCCGCCCUCCCACGAGCUGGCCCUCAAGUCUGACUUAAGUAAAUACUCGUCCUCCCUCGUCAGAUUAAGUGAUAAGGACAUUGAUGACUACUACACAAGGAAGCAUCACCAUACUGACUUUGGCGGCAGGGGUCCCACCCACAUGGUGAAGCUGAAUACAGAUCAUCAUCAGCACCAGCAGAGGCAGCGCCCACGCCGAGUCCAAAGGGCCAUGUCCCAGGACCACGUCCUGUCUCCUCCCAGGACGCCACGUCGUGGAGACUACGGCUUAUCCUCCUACGGCGUCAUGGCAGCGGCGGCGUACAGCAGCAGCCGCCACCUCUCAGAUGAGCAGCUACUGUCAGCAGACCGCCUCCACUCCCAGGAUCCUUUGCUGUCCCCUGCGAUGAGGCGCGACAAGUUCCGCGAGAAAGCAAUGGCGCGGGCCAUGUCUCACGCCGACAUGCUGAUGCCUAUGACGCCCGUCAUGGACCGCCACAAGAUGACCAAGAUGCACUCUCAGCCCAGUGCCUCUAACGACUGCUACAACACGCUGACGGUCAACCACCAAGUGACUACGUCUAAGAGGCAGGCCUUUGCCUCCCGACGAACUCACACGGUGGACCACCUACAGUACAUUCCUGGCCACCACCACACGUACCGCACUGCCAGCAAAAACGAAGUAACUGUUUAACCACAGAGGGGUUAGCUGAAGGAUUCCCAAGACUCAACACGGACUCCUUCGAAAAUCAGCGAGUCUCCUAAACAGGAGCUGUGUCUUCUUAUUACAACAACCUCCUACAUUAAACUCUUCCUGCUUUUUAGCACAAGCU